GUCUGUUUUAUUUUUGAAGUUCACCCGCAAAUUAAAAAAAUAAUUUUUGAUUUUAGUGUUUUUUAUUUACUUUUGAAAUCAGUUUGUUAUUUAGAAUAAUGCGUUCUGUUAAAGAAAAACCCUCAAAAUCUUCGAUAAUAAAGUCAUUAUCGAAGAACCUCAAAGCAGUUACUACAAAUACUGAAUCUUUUCUAAGAAUAAACCCAGAAACAUCCAAUAAAAUCCGAAAACUCUUACAACAAACUUAUAAUCUAACUUCUUCAAAGGACUCAUCAAACCAAAACUCACUCGAUAUUCUACCCGAAUUAAUUGUCGACGAUUUAGAUGCUGAACAAAUUUGGCAACUAAUAGAAUUGAGAAACAAUGUUGUUUGGCCACAAUUUCUUGAAAACACAUCCAAAAUAUUACCUCUAAAAGAUGAACAAAUUCAAAUUAGAUACAUGUCAAGUGCCAAUGAAACUGAACAGCAAAAUGAUAACGACCUUGAAAAUACUUCCCCAAACAAUUCUGAUUUAGAUAAUUUAAGCGAUCAUGAUUUUGAGGAAUCCCAAGUGUUUGAGCAUGAAAGUAAAAAGAAAUUCGCUAGAAAAGAAAAGUCAUCAAUAGUUGAUGAUAAGUUCUUUAAACUGAGCGAAAUGGAAGAGUUCUUAAAGGCGGAAGAUGAAAAAGAACUUAAAAAACAAAACGGUCGUCGUUUGAAAGACGAUUAUAGCAUAAAUUUGUUUGCUGAUGAUUUUGAAAAUGAAGACGAGGAAAAUGUUUGUUAUAAAGACUUCUUUAAGGAAGAUGAUGAAGCUAAAACAACUUCAAUAAAAUCAAAGCACACAUUGGAUGAAUUUGACCAAAACAAUGAAGAUGAUGAUCUUGAUGAUGAUGAAGUUGAUAAUGAUGAUGAUGAUAAUGACCAUGACGAUGAUGAAAAUGAAAUAGAAUAUCAAGAUGCAAAUAAAGAUUUCAAUUCAGAAACUGAAUCUAUUGGCAAUUCAGAUACAAAAGAGAAAGAAAAGCCAAAGUCGUCAUUUGAAGAUCGCCAAGAGCGUCUCAAUCAACGCAUUAACGACUAUGAACAAGUAAUUCUGGGCGAAAAGCCUUGGCAAUUGAAAGGAGAAAUAAAUGCCACAAAUAGGCCUCAGAAUUCUCUACUCGAAGAGAUUCUCGAAUUUGAAGCAACAACCAGACCCGCUCCCAUAAUAACCGAAGAGACAACCUUAAGAUUAGAAGAUAUUAUCCGACAGAGGAUAAAAGACCAAGUAUGGGAUGAUGUAGAAUUAAAAAUAAAGCCAUUGCAAACAGCUCAAGAAUAUCGAAAACAAUUGGUUCUGAAUCAAGAAAAGAGCAAAGAAUCAUUAGCUCAUAUAUAUGAAAAAGAAUACCAACAGGAGAUCGAAAAGUUGGAUCCAAAUGCAGCCGAUGCAAAGGAAGAUGAAGAACCUAAAUCGCAUAAGGAAAUAAAAGAAAUGAUGGCUUCGUUAUUUGUUAAAUUGGAUGCUUUGUCGAAUUUCCAUUUCACACCGAAACCGGUUGCACCAGAGCCUAAGAUAAUAACAAAUACACCAGCUAUAAAUAUGGAAGAAGUGGCACCUGUUGCUGUUAGCAGUGCCAAAUUAUUGGCACCGGAAGAAAUAAGAAAACGUAAUAAGAGCGAUAUUCUUGGUAGUAAUGAAAGGAAAAAAACUGAUAAGAAUCGUGAGAGGAGGCAUAAAAAGAAUAAGCAAAAAGCCAUACACAAAGCAAUUGAAGAAAAGAAUAUUCAAAAACAAAAAAUGGGUAUUAAGCUUAGUAAAAAAGAGGAAACAGCUAGUAUGACGAAUAAGUUAACAAAGCGUAGAAAUGUUGAAAAGAUUACGACAUCCCAAGAUGCUGGUUCAAUGAAAUCUUCGAAGGCUUUCUUCUCCAAACUACAUGAAACUACAAUGUUGCAAAAGAAGUCGGUUAAAAACACAAAACCAGACAAAAAUCCUUUUUCAGCAAAAAAACUCAAAUUGUGAUGAAUCAAAGCUAAUUCCUUUCAUAGAAUGAUAUGUUAACUGAAAAAUAAAAACAUAGAUUAAAAUCUAGUGAA